AUGAAGCUUCAGAUGAUGUUGGUGAUGAUGAUGAUGCCACUGUUGGUCUCGAGUCUGAUUCCAGCCUCCAUUUUCCGGCCGCCUUUUAACUUCACUUGGCCGACGAAGAAAGCCUCCGAUGUGGAAGGUGAACUCAUCCUCGGUGGACUCAUGAUGAUCCACGAGAGGCAAGAAAAUUUCACCUGCGGUCCAGUCAUGCCUCAGGGUGGCAUUCAGGCGUUGGAGACUAUGCUGUACACCAUUGACCAAGUCAAUCCAAUACUAUUAAACACAGUCGGUUUCACCAUCGGCGCCCACAUCCUGGACGAUUGCGACAAGGACACGUACGGACUGGAACAAGCUGUCGCUUUCAUCAAAGGUUCUAUCAAUAAUAUCGACGACACGGAAUACAAAUGUCUAGACGGGACCGUGCCGGACGUGAGGAACAAAGUUAUCUCGGGCGUCGUGGGAGCUUCGUCUUCGGGGACGUCCAUCCAAGUGGCCAAUCUUUUGCGACUCUUCAAAAUCCCGCAGGUUUCCUUCUUCUCGUCGAGUCCGGAGUUGAGCAACAAGCAGCGCUUUGAAUAUUUCACGCGAACAAUUCCAUCCGACCAUCACCAGGUGAUGGCCAUCGUCCAGAUGAUCCGCUUCCUCAAAUGGUCCUACAUUUCCAUCCUCUACGAAGAAUCCACUUACGGCAUUAAGGCGUUCGAGGAGCUGGAAGUGCUGCUGGCCAAGAACAACAUUUGCAUCGCGGUCAAGGAGCGGCUGGUCAAGGACUCUGGGGUGGCCGGCGAGGCGGCCUACAACGGCAUCGUCCACAAGUUGAACUCGAAACCCAAAGCCAAAGGAGUCAUCAUCUUCGGGUCGGAUCAGGAGGUGUCGGGAGUGAUGCGGGCCGUCCGGCGCAACAAUCUGACGGCCAAUUUCAAUUGGAUCGGCUCGGACGGAUGGGCCGGCCGCCUCCUCGUCUCCGAAGGCAACGAGCCCGAGGUGGAGGGAACGUUGGCCUUUCUGCCGCAGGCUCAUCCCGUCAGAGGAUUCGACAAUUAUUUCCUCUCCCUCACGCCGCAAAACAACAAACGAAAUCCAUGGUUCAUCGAAUUUUGGGAAAACCAUUUCCAAUGUCGUUACCCAUCGAGUCCGCCAACUCCUUACAAUCAGGAUUGGCAACGGAUGUGCACAGGUCGGGAGAAACUCACUCCCGAAAGCGUCGAGUUCGAGGGGCAACUGCAAUACGUUUCGGACGCCGUCUUGGCGUUUGCCAACGCUUUCAAGGACAUGCACCAAACUUUGUGUUACGGUCGCAAGGGCCUCUGCAAGGAAAUGUUGCCCAUCGACGGCAGCGAACUGCUCAAAUAUCUGAGACGGGUCGAGUUCACAGGAUUAAGCGGCGACCGCUUCCAGUUUGACGAGUACGGCGACGGCCCGGCCCGUUACGACCUGAUUCAUUUCAAGCAAGUCUCACCCGGUCGAUAUCGAAGACUGCGGAUAGGCGAGUACCACUCGGGCCAACUGAAACUCGAUACCAACGAGCUGCGAUUUAGGGGAGACCGGACGACGCCGCCGGAAUCCAUUUGCAGUCGCCCGUGCAAUGCGUCGCAGGCCAAAAAGUACGUGGAAGGCGAAGGAUGUUGCUGGACGUGCGUCGAAUGCGUUCUCUAUCAGAUCCGGAAUCCGGAUGACGAGACUCAAUGUUCCGCUUGUCCACUCGGAACUUUACCCAACGUCGAGCGGAGUCAAUGUCUGACCAUUCCGGAAGUCUACUUGCGACCCGAUUCCGGAUGGGCCAUUGGGGCCAUGUCCUUUUCUGCCGUGGGAAUCGCCCUCACCUUCACGGUUUUGGGCGUGUUUCUGCGUCACAAUGACACGCCGGUGGUGCGAGCGUCCGGACGGGAAUUGAGUUACGUUCUGCUGAGUGGCAUCCUCCUCUGUUACAUGGUCUCGUUCCUGUUCGUUUUGCGACCGACGGACGUCGUGUGCGGAGUCCAGCAGACGGCCAUCGGCCUCUGCUUCAGCGUCGUCUACGCCGCCCUUUUCACCAAAACCAACCGGAUCGCCCGCAUCUUCCGCGGCGGCAAGAAAUCGGCCGGACGACCGGGGCUCAUCUCACCCAAAUCGCAGCUGGCCAUUUGCGGCGGACUGGUCGCCAUUCAAGGGCUCAUCUUGCUGACGUGGCUGUGGGUCUCUCCGUCGGUGGCCAGACACGUUCACCCAACACGUGAAGACAAUCUCCUCGUCUGUUCCUCAUUCACAGACGCCUCCUACAUGAUGGCGUUCGCUUAUCCGAUCCUGUUGAUCCUCCUCUGCACCGUCUACGCGGUGGUCACGCGCAAAAUUCCCGCCGCUUUCAACGAGUCCAAGUACAUUGGAUUCACCAUGUACACAACUUGCGUCAUCUGGCUGGCCUUUGUGCCCAUCUACUUUAGUACGGCCAGUCAUCUGCCACUGAGGAUCACCAGUAUGAGCGUCACCAUCAGUCUGAGUGCCACCGUCACGCUGGCCUGCCUCUUCUCUCCAAAACUUUACAUCAUCAUCUUCCAUCCGGAGCGCAACGUCCGACAAGCUUUGACUGUGCCGACGGCCAAGGCCUCGAUCCAGAAGAAUUCCAGCCCGUGCACCAACAACGGACAUUUGUUGAACAACGUUUAUUAUCACACAUGCAGGAGCGAAUAAGACGACUGAAUCUGUCAGAGGUCUGAUGGCUUCUUCCGCUAUUCAACAUCCAUCGCCGACACCUUCGCUGUCUUCUUCCUCUCAACAGCCACCGCAGCAGCAGCAGCAGCAGCAGUUGCUCUUUCCGGUAGCUCAUCUCCACACGGAAGUCGUUCCUGGACAACCCUACGAAGGCGAUCUGACGGUCAAAGUCAUGACCAACAGCGGCACCAUUUCCGUGUCUCGUGUUCAUUUGACAGAUAAAAUCCAUCACAACAGCAUCAACAACAGCAGGCACAGUCAUCACAGAACACCCUUCCGGCACGUCUCACUGUGAAUUAAGAGAAAUGAUAUUUCGGCUGAUCUCAUUUCUUUUUUUGUUUUUUUAACAAUUCAUGUCAUUCACGAUGAUUGUUGCACUGGCGCAAUUCAGAGAACUGCGUCCAUCAUUCAAACGUUUUUGCCUCUAUCUCUCGAUAAAUAAAUAACAAACCUAUAAUACGCAUACAAACAAUAAAAGCUAAUGUCGUCUAUCCUGUUCGUUUGUAAAUUUUAAAGAAAUGUAAUUUGCCUUUAUUCCCCAGUCAAAAAUAAAGAUUGUAAUAAUG